AUGGCGUCGAAAAGGAUCCUCAAGGAGCUGAAGGAUUUGCAGAAAGAUCCACCUACCUCCUGCAGCGCCGUUGUUGCCACACCACACCCAACAAAACAGGCUGGAAAGACACCUGCGAACAAGCCAAAUCAGCAGACACCAAAAUCUGGGGGAUCACAUUCCUGCAAGAGCUGCAACAGUAUCUCUCGUAUGUUUAAAACUCCUCUUCACUAUCAAGAUGAAAUAAGUCGUUACUCCGAAAAUCUCUCCAAACUCACUCUUGUCAAUCCCAUUUUUGCAGAAUGCUCGGAACAACUCUGGCAUGAAACAGGCUUGGACAGGCUUGCACGGGAUGUUCCGAUUGAUAUAUUUCCAUUGAAAAAGUAA